AAAAAGACAAUUCGUAUUGCCAAGUGCGUGAUAAAGAUGUUAUUUUAGACAAUGAUGUAAAAACAUUUAGAAUGUACCACCCAAAACAGAUGAUGCCGGCAUAUUUUUUUACAAUAAAAAAACAUGUAAUGGUAAAAUUGUUUUUUAUUCAGUGAAUGAUGAGGAUGUAGAUGCUAAGUGAGUAGAGAUAACAAAGCCUAAAACUCAUAAAAUUGACAAAAUUAAAAUUGGAAAAAAAAAAUUGCACUGCCUGAAAGACGUUGUAGAGUUUCAAAAAGAGAUUUAUCCAAAAUUUCACCUAAGAAAGAUAAUAAAUCUUCUAGUAAUUUGGAAAUCCCUACAAAAAAAAUUGAAAAAGCCACCUAAGGAUAGUAAUCUCAAAAUGAAUAAAAUUAACCAAGACUCUUCUAAAAAAAUAGUCCGACCAAAGAUGAGUAUAAAAAAAUGUUUCUGGACCUGCAAAGAAAAUUCGAUGAUGCUCAGAAAAAAUCGCCCAACGUGAAAAAUGAGAAAGCUGGACCAUCAAAAAUUUCUCUAGACAAUAAUGAUUCUUUAUCAUCAGAAACCGAAUCUAUUAUUUCAUCUGUUGUUAUUUCAUCAACAAAUCAUCCAAAAUCUGACUUUGAUUCUGAUGGUGAGAAUAAUAAAAGCAAGAAUAACGAAAAUCGAAAGCAAGAUGGAAAUGCAGUUGAAAUUAAUAAUGGAGAGAAGUUUUUAGCUGGUGAAACUAAAGAAAAAGAAAAGCUAGGAGAUAAAAAAGAAAUCAGUAUUAUAGAUAAUGGAAAUGAUUUAAACGAUAAAAGAAAAGAUAACGGAAAUAAAAUUGAUGGAACAGGGCAAUCAGAAUAUUAUGAUGAGAACAUUCAGCUUCUAGGUCCUAAUCAUAAUAAAAAAAUGAUCGAAAUCGAGCCAGAUAUCUAUUGCAUUAAAAAAAAAAUUAAAUAUGAGCCACGACAGCGGAGAAGCUACAGUCUUAGAACGAUGUUUGAUGGAAGGCAUUUUCAAGCAACCGGAUCUAGUACAUUGCACUUUUAGAGGUCAAUCUGAUCGCGCACAAGGUCCCCAAAAACAUAAAGUUAAAGUAAAACCACUUCACUAUGAAGGAAAGACAGCUAUAAUAAGUAAGCUCGAAUAAAUACAAUGAAACCUCGAUUUAGUUUUGCAGGUUGUUAAAUCGUUAAAUCAAAUUAAUAAUAAAAGUGAUAUAUUUAAAUUAAUUUUUUAUUCAAGAGUAUGCAUUAAAAUAUUCUCAGGAGUCUGGGUAGAAAAAAAAAAUUAAGCAAUAGGGAGUCAGUACCCUUCAGUGAAAGUGAUAUUAAGCCCCCAGUGACGCAAAGAAUUGGCAAAAUAAAACGAGAAUAUGAAAAAAAUCUGCAGGUGCAAAAGCUCGCUGCACCGUAAAUUUAUGAUUAACCCUUUCUUCAA